AACAAGCUGGCAGGCCACGUGACCCGCUGUUGACGACCAGCAGACGACAGAUUCUGUCAAUCACGUUUUGAUUCUGUGCUGUAAUCACAUUUUGUCUGAAGAACAUCUUCACAUGUUACCUAUGGAUUAACGGUGGAUAGGCGAUCGUCGCCUGUUUUCCCAACACAUCAACAGCUUGUUGGCUUUACUUAUGAAAAAUGGAUUUGUGAUAUUUUGUUUUCAUCACCAUCCAUCUGUUUUGUCUGGGAUAAAACGGUUUGUUGGUGCUCAAAAGAGAGGAAUUAACUUAAAUCUGGCGCUGGAGUUUUGUGAUCGAUAUUAGUUUUAUCCACGUUUUCUCUGCUUGCGUCAAGUUAGUUAUAUUGUGGGAUUUAACUAAAGCUGGACAAAGGGACGAGAACGCCGAACCGCGAUCUAUACGACUCGAUGGCAGUCUUUGGAUGACCAAUCGUAGCCUGAAGGCCACGUCAAGAUGGCGUCCACGAGCCGCUCCCAAGAUAAGCUGACAGGGAAGAGAUCGUUUGAGGAAGAACUGGAGGUGAUAGAGAAUGGGGGUCUCAGUCCUCAGCCCUCCGUCCGGACUGAAGACGACGCCUGUUCGGAGAUCCUCCGCAUUGAACAAAAGGCGGCGGCGGAGGAGAAAUACCGUAACUCCGCGAUGGGGAGGAUCGUCCGUACGCUACAGGUCAUCAAAGCAUGGGCACAAGGGGGGCGCCGCCCUGCCCGGAGGCCCGACUCCUUCCUGGAGCGGUUCGCCAUGGGGGGCAAAGACAUGCACCACCACCCCGGGGUCCGACAGAGGAAGAUCUCAGACAUACGGUACUGGAAGCACUUCUACGUGGACCCGUCCGAGGGGUUCUACUACCGCUGGCUGUUCUUCAUCUCCGUGGCGGUCACAUACAACCUCGUGUUCAUCAUUGCCAGGGCGGUGUUCUGGGAGCUCCAGGAACAGUUCCUCUCUCUGUGGCUCACGCUGGACUAUCUCAGUGACUUCUUCUAUCUCCUGGACAUGUGGGUGCAGUUCAGAACAGGUUACUUGGAACAAGGCCUAAUGGUAACCGACCCUGUCAAACUCAGGAAAAACUACAUGAAAACGCGGACAUUCAUCCUGGACGUUGUGAGUGUCAUGCCCACGGACCUGUUUUAUUUCCUCACAGGACUGAACACACCGGAGAUCAGAUUUAAUCGCCUCCUCAGAUCGAAACGGCUCCUGGAGUUCUUUGACCGAACUGAGACAAGAACGAGCUUUACCAAUAUGUUCAGAAUAUUCCAUCUUGUGUUGUAUAUAUUGAUAAUUAUCCAUUGGAAUGCAUGUAUAUAUUUUGCAAUAAGUGGACUUAUUGGUUACGGUUCGGACGGCUGGGUCUACGGAAACGUAACUGAGCCAAAGUUCAAGCCCCUCAGUCGGAAGUAUAUAUACAGUUUCUACUGGUCAACCUUGACCUUGACAACAAUAGGAGAAACCCCUCAACCAGAGAGAGAUGGAGAGUAUCUGUUUGUGGUGGUGGACUUCUUGAUCGGUGUGUUAAUCUUUGCCACCAUUGUGGGAAAUGUUGGCAGUAUGAUCACAAACAUGAACGCAGCUCGUUCAGAGUUCCAGCAAAAAAUGGACGGUGUGAAACAGUACAUGGAGUUCCGAAAAGUCAGCAAGGAACUCGAGGAGAGAGUCAUUAAGUGGUUUGAUUAUCUGUGGACAAACAAGCAAUCAUUAAAUGAGGAGGAGGUAUUAGCAGCAUUGCCAGACAAACUGAAAGCCGAGAUGGCGAUUCAUGUGCAUUUGGAAACACUAAAGCGUGUCAGCAUUUUUCAGGACUGUGAGCCUGGACUCCUGGUGGAGCUUGUGUUGAAGCUCAAACUUCAGGUGUUUAGCCCCGGGGAUUACAUCUGUCGAAAGGGGGACAUUGGCAGGGAGAUGUACAUUGUCAAAAGGGGUAAGCUAAGUGUUGUGGGGGACGAUGGCCACACGGUAUUUGCAACGUUAAGCGAAGGAAGUGUCUUUGGUGAGGUCAGUAUAUUGAACAUUGCUGGCAACAAAACAGGCAACAGGAGGACAGCCAAUGUACGUAGUCUAGGAUACAGUGACCUCUUCUGUCUCUCCAAGGACGACUUGUGGGAUGCCCUAGGAGAGUACCCAGAAGCUAAGAGGAAGUUAAUAGAAUGUGGACGACAGAUCCUAAAGAAGGACAACCUUCUGGAUGAGGAUGCUAUGAGGAAGGAAGAAGAGAAACAGGAAACAGCGGAACAGAAGAUGGAUAGGAUAGACACCGGGCUGGAUACUCUCCAGACGCGGUUUGCCCGUUUGCUAGCAGACUUCAACAGCACUCAGCAAAGACUUAAACAACGACUUACUAAAGUGGAGAAAGUUCUGGCUCGAGAUGGAGAUGCUAUCUCGAAUAUUUCAGCGCUGGAGUUGGAUCAGAAGUUAUGAGAUACAUCUGUUUAUCUUUGAUAUAUUCUAUUCUGUGAUUUAUACACAUGUCUUCGUGUAAUAACCUUGUUAUCAGAGUAUAGAACUGUUGACAGUGUUUCUGAUUGCAGUUUGGAGAAUAUUUUGAACUGUAUCAAAUAUUUAUGACCAAAUUUGAAUGUUACGAGAAAACACAAGCCUAGUGCCAGGAUAUAUUUUCUCAGAAACGGUUACUGGAUGACUACAAGCUAUGGAUGAGCUCCUGUUGUUCAGUGGAUGUAACUAUAUCUCCAGAACUCUCCGGAGGGUUCCAUCUUAAAAUACUCAUUUUGAGAGCUGUAAAUAUGUUCCAAAUAGAAUAAUUGUGUGGGUUGGUCAAGAUUAAAUCGGAUGUUUGUGUUAAGAACAAUGUUUUGACUGAUGUAGUUUGUGUGCCAGGGUGAAUGAGAAUCUCUGGGACAUCUAGACAAAUUGUGAGUCAUUGAACGUUUACUUGUUUAUUUAAGAUUGUUUAUUAUAGAACAUCAGCUCGGGACAGAACUGAGAUGUUGACAUUAGAAUCAGCUUUAGAAUAACUGAUUAUUAUUUUAUAUUACAAACUUAGUUCUGUGAUAAAUGCUGUUAGAUAUUGUUGAAUUUUUCAUUUGGUUUGAUAGUUUGGUUUCCUUGACGUUUGAGUGCUGGUUCAUUUCAAACAUUGCGCUGGACGCUAUUGUAGGAGCAGGAUACGGGGAUCUAGAUAGUAACUCUCAGCUUCAGUACAAAUAUGAAAUCCAUGCAGUACAUGACUACAUCAACACAAAACGCUAGGAUAAGCCGAAUCAUAUGUAAUCAUUUGUUGACGGAGCAGCUAAUCCAAGCUGAAAGAUCAAAGGAAAGUGUUUUUUGUCAAAUUCACUCCACUCAUCUGUUUCUAGGAAUUUCAACUUUCAUUAUUUCAGAUUGCAUUGAAGCGAUUUAGCAUGUUUUCAGAUGACGUUAAUUUCAAUGUCACCUUGUCACCUUGUUACCUUCUUCACACAGUCGUGUCAAUGAUUUUUGUUACUCUGACGAAGUGAAACAUUUCAUUGCUGUUUGAAGGCUUUUUCAGUAAAUAUUAGAUACCUAGUAGAAACUGCCCUUAGAUUGGCAUCCUGAAGGCUAUUGUGCAUUGUGCAUUGUGCAUUGUCAUCUGUGAAUGAGUGUGUGGUUGUGGCGGCGGGGUAGCUUAGUGGUUAAAGCGUUCGCUCGUCACGCCGAAGGCUCGGGUUCUAUUCCCAACAUGGG